AUGACAGCUGCCAUGAAUGUGCAGACCGGAGAUAAUGCCAGUACCCACGCUCCGCCUGUAAAAAUAGCGUCUAGCAAUGCAAUCGCAGAAAAGGCCGUUACUGACACUGAGAUAGAGAAAGGCAGGCCUGAGGAGAAAUGUAAGCCCAAGGGGAAAGGUAAGCCCGAGGAGAACGCUCAACCUACUGCCCCGAAGGCAUUCGGAUUUUACGCAAUCAUCGUGGCGCUCUGCUUGACAGGACUUUUGACAGCGUUGGAAGCAACAAUCACGUCUACCGCACUGCCAACCAUCACUGCCGUUCUUGGCGGCGGUAGUGGCCUCUGUGGUGGUGCUGUUAACAUUGAGAUGCUGGUUGCCGGCCGAUUGGUGCAAGGCAUUGGCGCCGGUGCAAUCAAUGUGCUUAUUGAGAUCAUUGUUUGCGAUUUACUGUCACUUCGGGAGCGAGGAAGGUACUUGGGUUUAAUGUUCGGCAUGAUUGCUGUGGGCACGGUAUUGGGCCCUCUGUUUGGUGGACUCAUCGUUCAACAUAGCUCAUGGCGCUGGGUGUUUUAUCUGAAUGUUCCUAUCGGAGGGUUGGCAUUGGUUGCCCUGGUACUAUUCCUCAAGGUCAAAUCUGACAAUACGUCAAACUUCACUUCGCGACUUAAGCGCAUCGACUGGUUUGGAAACCUCAUCUUCGUUCUCUCGAUGGUCGCCGUUCUCACAGCAUUGUCUUGGGCAGGAAGCAAAUAUCCAUGGUCAUCAUUCCACAUCAUUGUACCGCUCAUAAUGGCUCUUGCAGGUGGUGUUCUCUUUAUGUUCUUCGAGGCAUCCCGCUUUUGCGCAAAUCCGACUAUGCCUCUUCACCUGUUCUCGAACCGUACGUCAGGAACGGGUUUUGCUUUGACCUUCCUCAGCAGCAUCUCCGGGAUCUCUCCUAUCUACUUCCUUCCUGUAUACUUUCAAGCUGUGCUUUCCUCGACUCCUGCCCGUGCAGGCGUUCAACUCCUUCCAACCAUACUGGGUAUUAUAUCUGGCGCAAUCGUGGCUGGGGUCUUAUUUUCAAAGUUUGGCCGCUAUCGUCCCCUCCAACACGCCGGAUUCACACUCAUGGUAAUUGGAUUUGGGCUUUUGAGCUUGCUAAAGGCCAAUUCAACAAUGGGGCAGUGGGUUGGAUUCCAAAUCGUCGGUGCUGUUGGCACAGGCCUCGUCCUCCCAGUACUCCUUCCAUCUAUCCAAGCACCCCUCAACGAGGCCGAUACAGCCCUCUCAACCUCAACCUGGGCCUUCAUUAGGAGCUUUGGCUUGAUUUGGGGAGCAACUAUCCUAACGGUUGCUUUUAACAAUCGUUUCAAUUCACUUGCGCACCGGAUUACCGACCCGGUUGUUGUAGCAGAACUCUUAGGCGGAAGGGCGUACGAACACGCUACAAAGGUUUACAUGCAGACAAUCACGGAUCCUGCCACACAUGCAGAGGUCGUCGGAGUAUUUAUCGACUCGCUGAAGCUGGCAUGGUAUGUUUCAAUUGCAUUUGCUGGCCUCGGCUUUGUACUUGUAGUUUUGAUGAAAGUGGUCCCUUUGAGGAAAGAGCUCGACACUCAGUUUGGCAUAGAGGAGAGCGACAAGUCUACGAAGACCGAGCAGCCUAUCUCCGAGCAGCUGACACUAGCAACUAAUAAAUAA